AUGCUCGAUUUCUUCCUCUGGAUCGCAAGUGCGCUGGUUCGCUGGAUUCGCUUGAAGCACUAUCAAUAUGAAGUGACCUUUGCCGUAUACAUGCUCACACCCACGGAGAAGUUCAUUUUCAACUCCAUCAUCCUAACCACCGUCACCAUGAUCGUCACCGGCGCCUACAUCUACCUCCCUAACCAUAUCCGAACCGUUUGCGGUCACAUGUACUACUACCUGGUUGGCGAUCGUACGUUCCUGUCGAGCAACUUUCCGUCGAUAACGUCGGUUUUUGGGGAGACGGCGACGCAGAAGUUGGGGGUCAUUUAUGAGACGGCGAAGAAUACGGCUGCCACAACGACGGAAUCGAUUGCUGAGCUUUGA